CACUAACAUCUUUCGAAAGAUUGCUAUAUAAUACAAAAACACAAACAAAUCUUGAUAGAAUUUUUCUACAAAGAAAAAUCGAUAAGAAUUUUGAAAAACAUUCAUAGUGCUUUCUAUGUAAACUAUCAGCUAAAUCGCUAAACAUCUUUUGAAAUUGUAAAAGAAAAUCAAUAGGAGUUUCAGAAGAUCUGAUUCACAAUGUUUAUUAACCAGGCAUAGUGUGUGAGAAAGAAUCUCAGUCUUUGGAGGAGAAAAGAUGGUGGAAGGAGGUAUAGCGAAAGCAGACAAAACAGAGUUCACAGAGUGUUGGAGGACGACAUGGAAGACCCCUUACAUCAUGCGCCUCGCUCUCUCCGCCGGAAUCGGAGGUCUUCUCUUCGGUUACGACACCGGAGUCAUCUCCGGCGCUCUUCUCUUCAUCAAAGAAGACUUCGACGAGGUCGAUAGGAAAACAUGGCUUCAGUCGACUAUCGUCAGCAUGGCGGUGGCCGGAGCCAUCGUCGGAGCAGCCGUAGGAGGCUGGAUCAACGACAGAUUCGGAAGGAGGAUGUCGAUUCUCAUCGCCGACGUGCUGUUUUUGAUCGGCGCAGUCGUCAUGGCGUUUGCUCCGGCUCCUUGGGUUAUCAUCGUCGGAAGAAUCUUCGUUGGGUUCGGCGUCGGUAUGGCUUCGAUGACGUCGCCGCUUUACAUAUCGGAAGCUUCUCCGGCGAGAAUCAGAGGUGCGCUUGUUAGCACCAACGGUCUUUUAAUCACCGGAGGACAGUUCUUCUCUUACCUCAUCAAUCUCGCUUUUGUCCACACUCCGGGGACAUGGAGGUGGAUGUUGGGAGUUGCGGGAGUUCCGGCGAUAAUUCAGUUUGCGUUGAUGUGGUCCUUGCCGGAAUCUCCACGGUGGUUGUACAGGAAGGACAGGGUCGCGGAGUCGAGAGCAAUCUUGGAGAGGAUCUACCCGGAGGACGAAGUGGAGGCGGAGAUGGAAGCGUUGAAAGAGUCCGUGGAGGCGGAGAAAGCAGACGAGGCCAUCAUCGGAGAUAGUUUUGGCGCCAAACUCAAAGGAGCCUUCGCGAAUCCUGUCGUCCGACGUGGACUCGCGGCUGGUAUUACUGUCCAGGUGGCGCAGCAGUUUGUCGGGAUCAACACGGUGAUGUACUACAGUCCCUCCAUUGUGCAGUUCGCUGGAUACGCCUCCAACAGUACAGCAAUGGCUCUGUCUCUUGUAACUUCUGGUCUGAACGCGAUUGGUUCGAUUGUGAGCAUGAUGUUUGUGGACCGGUACGGUAGAAGGAAGCUGAUGAUCAUCUCUAUGUUUGGGAUCAUAACUUGUCUUAUCAUCUUAGCGAUUGUCUUCGCACAAGCGGCUAUCCACGCCCCCAAGAUCGAUGCAGUGGAGUCAACCACGUUUGCUCCAAACGCUACUUGUCCAGCGUUUGCUCCCCUCGCAGUCCCAAACGCGCCUCCCUCGAGGUGGAACUGCAUGAAGUGUCUCAGGUCCGAAUGUGGAUUCUGCGCUAGCGGCGUGCAACCGUACGCGCCAGGAGCAUGCGUUGUGUUAUCGGACGACAUGAAGGCGACGUGUCACUCAAGGGGAAGAACAUAUUUCAAAGAUGGAUGUCCAAGCAAGUUUGGGUUCUUGGCUAUAGUGUUUUUGGGGCUUUACAUCGUAGUGUACGCUCCAGGUAUGGGUACUGUCCCAUGGAUUGUCAACUCUGAAAUCUAUCCGCUUAGAUACAGAGGUCUUGGAGGAGGCAUAGCUGCCGUCUCGAACUGGGUCUCUAAUCUCAUUGUGAGUGAGAGCUUUCUCUCCCUCACACAUGCUCUCGGUUCCUCUGGGACUUUCCUUCUCUUUGCUGGCUUCUCUACGGUUGGACUCUUCUUUAUUUGGCUGCUUGUGCCUGAGACUAAAGGACUUCAGUUUGAGGAGGUCGAGAAGUUGCUUGAGGUCGGUUACAAGCCUAGUCUCUUGCGGCGGAAGAACAAGGCUAAAGACGUUGAUACAGCUUAAGAUGAAGUUUGUAUUUCUCUAUUUAUUAAUAUUGUUGCAACUUUCCAGUUUCUAUAUUGUAUGAAACCGGAAUAAUACGUACUUACGUAGUAUCAAGAACACUUUAAAAACCUCAA